GGUUAUUUAUGUUGUGUUUGUACGAAUUAGUCGUUUUUUGUUUGUAAAGAAAAUUGCAUGUCAAUUUCGCUUUAAAAUGAAAUAGUUGCACCAGCGCGAGUUGUCUACAAUACGUAUUUUGUUGUUUUUGCCACGUAAAUAAAUAUACUUUCGCUUUCGUUGACUGUUCGAAGCCGUAGCGAGAAAGGUCCUCACCGUUAUCAGCUUGUUAGCACACAGCAACAUGUCAAUAGAGACAGUGUAUGUGAAGAUGGAGCCAGGUGAGGUGUGUGUGAAGAUGGAGCCCGGAGAGGUGCGUGUGAAGGAGGAGCCGGAGUGGGAGGACAGUGCCUGGCAAGGAGUGAUCGCGGGGGCUGGACUGUAUGAUGAUCAUGUGGUCAAAGACGAGCUUGUGCUGGGCCCCGAGGAGCGGCACCGCCCUAAAGUGCUCCCAUUACAAGUCUGUUCGGAGAGUAGCGCCGCCCGCGCCAGGGAACAGCUCGCGAUGGCGUGUACCGUGGUGCUCGAGCGCCUCCGCGACGACGCGACUUUUCACAGUGAAGACAAACGAUAUGCCUGCGAACACUGUGGCAAGGGUUUCAGAAACAAGUCUAUUUUAAGAAAACAUAUUCAACACACGCACUUAUCGACCGGACAAAAACCAUUUGCUUGCGACUUUUGUAUUUCUACGUUUCAAACCGAAUCGCUUGUAAUAGAACACGAGAAAACUGAACUUCGUUUUACAAAUUUCAUGUGUGCUGAAUGUGUGUAUACAACAAGUUCCAAGAAAAGUUUGGAGACGCAUUUAAAAACUCACGCUUUGGAGAAGAGUUACACAAGCUCGUGUAAAAGUAAUUUACACAAACACCAAACAGUUUACAUUAAUGGAAAACCUUUUAACUGUAGUGACUGUGAUUUCAAAUGCAGAGUUGAAUCAAACCUGCGACGUCACCAGAAGAUGCACAACCGGAGGCACCAGAGAAUACUCACUGGAAAACAGCCUUACAAAUGUAGUCAUUGCGACUACAAGUGCAGUGCUAGUUCUAUGUUACGAAGACACGAAAGGACACAUACUGGCAAGAAGCCUUUUACGUGCAGCCACUGUGAUUACAAAUGCAGUCAGAAAACAAACUUAAAAGCACACCAUUGGAUACAUACUGGAGAAAAGCCUUACAAAUGUAGUCAUUGCGACUACAAGUGCAAGUUUAGGUCAAACUUACAACAACAUGAAAGGAUACAUACUGGCGAGAAGCCUUUUACGUGCAGGUACUGUGAUUACAAAUGCAGCUUUAGGUCAUUGUUACAAACACAUGAAAGGACACAUACUGGCGAAAAGCCUUUUCAAUGUAGCCACUGUGAUUACAAAUGCAGUCAGAAAACACACUUAAAAAAACACCUGCAGAGGAUACAUACUGGAGAAAAGACUUACAAAUGUAGUAAUUGCGACUACAAGUGCAACAGUAGGUCAAAGGUACUACAACAUGAAAGGAUACAUACUGGAGGAAAGCCUUACAAAUGUAGUCAUUGCGACUACAACUGCAACCGUAGGCCAGACUUACGUAGACAUGAAAGGACACAUACUGGCGAGAAGCCUUUUCAAUGUAGCCACUGUUAUUUCAAAUGCGGUGAUAAAUCCCACCUACGACUUCACCAUAUGACACAUACUGGCGAGAAGCCUUUUCGAUGUAGCCACUGUGAUUACAAAUGCCGUAAUAAAUCCAACCUACGACGUCACCAGAAUAUGCAUACUGGGACGAAGCCUGAAAACGUAGCAAUAGCGACUACAAUUCUAGCUACUUCGGGAUCUGUACAUUCUAGCGCCAAUUGUUUUAGACACCUACAACUGAGGAAGGCAGCGGCCGCCGUGCCGUACGUAACGGUCCUCACCGUUAUCAGCUUGUUAGCACACAACAACAUGUCAAUAGAGACAGUGUAUGUGAAGAUGGAGCCGGGAGAGGUGUGUGUGAAGAUGGAGCCCGGAGAGGUGCGUGUGAAGGAGGAGCCGGAGUGGGAGGACAGUGCCUGGCAAGGAGUGAUCGCGGGGGCUGGACUGUAUGAUGAUCAUGUGGUCAAAGACGAGCUUGUUCUGGGCCCCGAGGAGCAGCACCGCCCUAGAGUGCUCCCAUUACAAGUCUGUUCGGAGAGUAGCGCCGCCCGCGCCAGGGAACAGCUCGCGAUGGCGUGUACCGUGGUGCUCGAGCGCCUCCGCGACGACGCGACUUUUCACAGUGAAGACAAACGAUAUGCCUGCGAACACUGUGGCAAGCGUUCAAGAAACAAGUCUAUUUUAAGAAAACAUAUUCAACACACGCACUUAUCGACCGGACAAAAACCAUUUGCUUGCGACUUUUGUAUUUCUACGUUUCAAACCGAAUCGCUUGUAAUAGAAUACGAGAAAACUGAACUUCGUUUUACAAAUUUCAUGUGUGCUGAAUGUGAGUAUACAACAAGUUCCAAGAAAAGUUUGGAGACUCAUUUAAAAACUCACGCUUUGGAGAAGAGUUACACAAGCUUGUGUAAAAGUAAUUUACACAAACACCAAACAGUUUACAUUAAUGAAAAACCUUUUAACUGUAGCGACUGUGAUUUCAAAUGCAACUUUAGGUCAUUGUUACGAAAACAUGAAAGGACACAUACUGGCGAGAAGCCAUUUCAAUGUAGCUACUGUGAUUACAAAUGCAGUCAGAAAUCAAACUUAAAAAAACACCUGCAGAGGAUACAUACUGGAGAAAUGUCUUACAAAUGUAGUAAUUGCGACUACAAGUGCAACAGUAGGUCAAACGUACUACAACAUGAAAGGAUACAUACUGGAGGAAAGCCUUACAAAUGUAGUCAUUGCGACUACAAGUGCAACCGUAGGCCAGACUUACGAAGACAUGAAAGGACACAUACUGGCGAGAAGCCUUUUCGAUGUAGCCACUGUGAUUUCAAAUGCCGUAAUAAAUCCAACCUACGACGUCACCAGAAGACGCAUACUGGCGAGAAGCCUUUUACGUGCAGGUACUGUGAUAAAAAAUUCAGUCAGAAAGCAAAUUUAUUUCGGCAUCAGAUAAUACAUACUGGGGUGAAGCCAUUUCAAUGUAGCCACUGUGAUUACAAAUGCAGUCAGAAAACAAACUUAAAAACACACCAGAGGAUACAUACUGGAGAAAAGCCUUUUCAAUGUAGCCACUGUGAUUUCAAAUGCGGUGAUAAAUCCUACCUACAACGUCACCACAAGACGCAUACUAGGACGAAGCCUGAAAACGUAGCAAUAGCGACUACAAGUGCAGCCUGAAACAGCACCUGCGAAGACACCAGAUGAUACACACGGAAGAGAAGCCUUGUAGGGAACGUUCACGUUGGAGGGUAUGGAGGCGAAGUGGUCAGACAUGUGGCUUCCAAGCCGGAGGUCGUUACUCUAACUCCAGACACCACCGACUUUUUCAGGACUUUUGUAUGUACGAAACAGCAUUUGAUAUGUAGGUACGAGUUGGUUUGGCGUUUGCUUGCUGAAGGAAAAUAUCGCGAGGAAACCAGCAUAAAGUAAAUGGCUGGCGUGAGGACGAUUGUAGCUCAAACCCCCUUGUACAAUGAUAACUUUGUUCAAUAAAAGAAAACAUCAGUUAUCUACAAAUGAAAUGAAAUGAAAUGAAAUAUAUUUAUUUGCAUUAAGUGUGGUAACAUUCAUGGUCAUAAUAUGUAAAAUUAGAUCACACACUUAGCUAAUAAUAAGCAUGCAAAAAAAAUUUUUUUAAUGCCUAAACUAUACAGACUAACAACUAUAGGUAUUUAAAAUAUUUACAAACAUGCCAUGAUUUAAAAAUUAAAUUAAUACAACAUUAUAUUACAAAUUUCAAACAUAUUGUUCAUGUUAAAUGCUAAAUAAAUAAAUAAGGACAACACAUUUUAUUCAUCGUUAUAAGAUUCUAUAAAUUCAUUCAAUGUAUAAAAACAUUUUUCUUUCAACCAUUUAAAUAGAUGCCGCCUAAAAUGGGUUAUCGAUGGUUGUUGUCUUAUUUCGAGAGGUAAAUUGUUAAAUAUUUUUAUUGACAUAGAGUGACAAUUUUUCCUCUGUAGCGCGCUUCUACAUCUCGGCAUAACUAAUUUUGUAGGAUCUCUGGGUCUGAGCCUAGGGUGUGUACUAACCGUUGUAUAUAAAUGAGAAUUUGUGUAUACAAAUAUUGCGAUUUCAAAAAUGUAUAAUCCAGUGAGAUUCAAGAGGUUAAAUUUUUUAAACAAAGGCCCACAUGGUUCCAGACGUCCUUUCCCACUUAUAGCUCUUACACAUUUCUUUUGGACUAAGAACACUUGCCCUAUAUAGCUCGCAUUACCCCAAAUUAUUAGACCAUACCGUAAUUGAGAUGCAACAUAACCAUAGUAUGCUGUUAGGGCAACUUUUUCACCAGCAACCCGGUUUAAUUGUCUUAAGACAUAUGUGAAUUUUUCUAAUUUGGUGCAAAUGUUGUCUAAAUGGUAUCUCCACUUACAAUGACUGUCUACCAAAAUACCUAAAAAUUUGGUGACUUAUACCUCUUCAAUAAUUUCAUCUUUACAAUGAAUAUCUAACUUCGGAGUUUGUGUUCGUAUAUUGAAGAACUGAAUAUAUUUCGUUUUGUUUAUGGUUACUAACAAAUCAUUGUCUUCCAGCCAAUUACAUAUAGAGUCAAUAGCAAGAUUUAUAUUAUUCAUAAAAGCAUUGUCAUUAAUGUCAUUAGAAAUUACGAUUGAAAUGUCAUCUGCAAAUAAAACUGUCUUAUGAUUACAUACUCUUGGAAGGUCAUUUAUAUAUAGUAAAAAUAGCAGCGGGCCUAAUACACUGCCUAGUGGCACACCUGACUCAUUAAUUUUAUGUGAUGACCUGUAUUGAAUUACUUCAUUAUUUUCGUCUAUUCUGCUUAACUCUACACACUGUUCUCGUGAAAGGAAGCUUUGGAGCCAAUCUAAGGCAUUUCCUCUUAGUCCAUAUUUUUCACACUUAGCCAACAAGAUAUGAUGAUUCACAAAAUCAAACGCCUUGCUCAUCUCGAAAAAAACACCUGUUAGGUGUUUACCCUUAUCUAUCUCUUCAGUUAUAUUUCUUAUUAAUGAAUAGCAAGCUAAAGCGGUUGAUUUUCCUUUUUGAAAGCCGUUUUGCUCCUCAGACAUAAAUUUAUGCCUAUUACAAAAUUCCGGCAAAGGGUUAAAAUUUAGCUAAGCCUUAGGUUUGUCAUUAACGAACAGAAUGAACAAUCCUGUUUUUAUAGAUAUAGUUUAAAAUAAAAUGCUAUU